AUGAGGUCGAUCAUCUUCGCCUCACUUCUGGCCUUGGCCUUUGCCACCACCCCAGCUUUCGAGCGUCUCUUCGAACCAAAAACCGACUACCAUUACAAGUUUGAUGGUCUUGUGCUUUCUGGACUUCCAAUCUCUUCUACCGAGCAAUCUCAAACUCGCAUCUCUGCCCGUGCCCGUAUCCAAUCCAAUGACCGUGACAUUCUUCUCCAACUUGUGGACAUCCAAUUGGCUGCCUCUCACCUCUCAGAUUCUGAGCUGAUGCCAGUGAUGAACUCCUUGGAACAACGCGAGCUGUCCAACGUGUACAAGAAGAUUCUCGAGCUCCCAGUUCGUGCACAACUCAAAAAUGGACUUAUUUUUGAGCUUCAAUUCGAGGAAGAAGACACCGAGUGGUCUGAGAACAUGAAGAGAGCUAUUCUCAACAUGAUUUCAUUCAACCCAAUCGCUCCAAGAGACGAGAAAUUGGAAUCUGAUGAAGACAAGGAAUGGACCGAGGAUAACACCGCUUUCUUCACUAACGAGAAAACUCUGGAAGGAAAUUGCCAAGUUGCUUAUUCUGUUGUUCGUGAGCAGAAGAAGACUAUUGUCACCAAAUCUGUCAACUUCGACAAGUGCACUGAGCGUUCCGAAACCGCCUAUGGACUUCGUUACACCUCCGAGUGCCCAGAAUGCGACAACCAAACCGAAGUGAUCCGUCCACAAACUGUCUACACCUAUGUUUUAGAAAACAACGAGCUCAAGCAAUCCGAAGUCCGUUCUCUCUACACCAUCAAUGUUAACGGGCAAGAAGUGAUGAAGACCGAGACUCGCUCCAAGCUUGUUUAUGAGGAGAGCCACUCGAUCAAGAACCACAUCAAGAAGGUCAACGGAGAGAAGGAAGACAUCAUCUACUCUUCUCGUUGGGAACAACUUGUUGAGGAUUUCUACAAGAACGGAGACAAGUCCAAUGCUCAACCAUUCGCUGUUUUCCCACUCGAGAAGAAAAUUCAACUCGUCAAGUCUAUGAUUGAUAGAAUCCAAGAGGAAGAACAAAACGUGCCAGAGACUGCUCACUUCUUUGCUAGAAUUGUCCGUAUCUUCCGUACUUGCUCUGUCUCUCAACUUGAAAAGAUUCACGACUCCCUUUACAUUAAAGCCGACAAGAAGAUCCAAUCUCUUCUUGACAACGUUCUUGCUGUAUCCGGAACCAAGAACACCAUCGACCACUUGCUCACUCACGCUGAAAUCGAUGAAGUGUCUCCAAUCAAUGUCGCCAAGCUCCUGAAGACUAUUCAAGAGACUCCAUUCCCAUCGGAGGCUAUUGCGGAGACUCUUAUCAAGUUUGCUCAAUCCCGCCCUACCAAGAACAACCAGGUUAUUCGUCAAUCUGCCUGGCUUGCCUCUGGAUCCGUCGUCCGUGGAAUCGUUGACAUCAGAAGCGUUCGCCCAUUCCUCCGUGAGGACAAACGUGAAAUCAAGCAGAAGUUCCUACGCACCUUCAUGAAGCAAUUCGAAAAUUCUGAGACCACCUACGAGAAGAUUCUUGCCCUCAAAACUAUUGGAAACGCUGGACUUGAUAUCUCCGUCAAUGAGCUCAACGACAUCAUCGUUGACAAACGCCAACCACUCCCAGUCCGCAAGGAGGGUAUUGAUGCCCUCAGACUUCUCAAGGACUCCAUGCCACGCAAGAUCCAAAAGGUCCUCCUCCCAAUCUACAAAAACCGUCAAUACGAGCCAGAAAUCCGCAUGCUUGCUCUUUGGAGAAUGAUGCAAACCCGCCCAGAAGAGCCACUCCUCGUCCAAGUUUUCUCUCAAAUGGAGAAAGAGUCAAACCAACAAGUUGCCGCUCUUACUUACCAAAUGAUCCGCCAAUUCUCUCAAUCCACCAACCCAUGCUACACACGUGUUGCUAAGGAUUGUUCCAAGAUUCUCUCUUUCACUCGCUUCCAGCCACAACAAUCUGCUUUCACUUCCACUUACUCACUUCCACUCUUCUCUCAAGAAGCCUUUUCCGGAGCUCAAUUCGACUUCGCCGCCAUCUUCGAAAAGAACUCUUUCUUGCCAAAGGAUCUUCAUGCUACUCUUGGUACUGUCCUUGGAGGAAACUGGAACGAGUACUUCGCUCAAGUUGGAUUCUCCCAAGAGAAUAUGGACCAAUACAUCUUCAAGACCCUCCAAAAGCUCGAGUCUCUUGAGAAGAAGUCUACCACUGUUGUCCGUGGACGCCGCAUUCAAGCCGGUAUCAGAAUGCUCAAAGAGCUCGCUCAGAAGAUGAACAUCCGUGCCCGUCCAUCCACCCUCAACGAGAAGGAUGCUUUUGCUAUGGUCUAUUUGAGAUACAAAUCCAUGGAUUACGCAGUUCUUCCAGUUGAUUCUCAGCUUAUUGAAGACCUUGUUGAGAGAUUCGUCGGCAACGGAAAGCUUCACUUCUCCGAAAUCCGUCGCCUGUUCAAUCAAGAUCACAAGUUUGAAGCACACCAUUCCGCUUUCUUCUAUGAGGUUAUCCGCAAAUUCCCAACCACUUUCGGACUUCCACUCGUGAUCUCCGGAAAGAUUCCAACUUUCAUGUCUGUUGAAGGACAAUUCUCUCUUGACCUUGAAGGAACUGAACUCCGCAUGACCGCUGAGGCCCGCCCAUCGGUUGCUGCUACCCACGUAUACGAGAUGAGAAUGUUCACUCCACUCUUCGAACAAGGAGUCAAGACUCUCCAAUCACUCCGCGCCUACACUCCAAUCAAGUUCCAAGUCGACGCUGAUCUGAAGAAGAACUUCGACCUUGUCUACAAAGUCAUCGUUCCAGAGAACGAGAAAUCGAUUGUCACCAUCUCUACUCGUCCAAUCAUUUUCCUUCAACACCCAGGAUUUGCCAAGUUCAAUAAUGUUGACUCCGAGGAAAGAACUGUCUCUAUUCCACAAUGGCAACAAAAGACUCAAGAGAUUGAGAGAACCGAGAACUUCCUUGGACUCGAAGUUUCCACCAGUGGAAAUAUUCUCCGCCAACACUCCGUCGAGAAUUGGCUUGUUGCUGAGCAAGACUUUGAGGUCACCUUUGAGAACAAGAACCGCCCAGCUGAAUUCGUCUUCCGCAUGACUGUCUCCCCACUCGAGAAGACUCCACUCUCCGAGAUCAAGAUCAAUAACGAUAUCUUCGAGAAGGAGUUCGAGCUUGAGCAAGAGACAUCCGAGAACCGCCGUGAGUCUUUCUCCAAGAUGGUCAAGAACAUCCAAAAGGAGCAAGGAUACAAGAGCUUUAUCACCCUCAAGUUCGAGGCCCCACGUGACUACCAAAUGAGAUCCGAGCUUACCACUGUCUGCGACAAGCAAGUCCGCAUGUGCCAAUGGACCGUUGAGGUCAACCGCUCCCCAAUCUUCGCUGAGGAGAAGAAGGACUGGACCCUCCGCUCCCAACUUCUUGCCAUCCGCCCAGUAAUGCCGUCUUCCCUCCGUCAACUCCGUGAGCAACCACACCGUGAGGUUCAACUCUCUCUUACCUCCACCUGGGGAUCUCAAAAGAAGAACGAACUGAACAUCAAUACCCAACUCCAACAAUCCAAGGAACAGAAGAAAUACGAACGCCAAAUGGAGCGUGAGGUCAGAGGAAUCCCAGAGUACGAGCUCUUGAUCAAGGCUGCCCGUCUCAACCAAGUCAACAUGGUUGCCGAGUACAAGCUCACCAAGGAAAACGAUGAGACCAUGAGCCGCCUUUUCAACCUCGUCAAGGCCUACAACUACUGGACCGUCUCGAGCCGCCCAGAGGACAACGAGAAAAACCGCGUCGUCCUUCAACUCACCGUCGAGCCAAUUUCCCGUCAAUACGUUAACGUCACCGUUCAAACCCCAGAAGGACGUGUCGAGAUGAAGAACACCCAAAUCCCACGUGUCCACCUUCCAUCCAUCGCUCAACGUGCUACAAAGUACCAAUACACCGAGUCUUCCGGAGCUGUGUGCAAGGUCCAAAAAAACCAAAUCCGCACGUUCGAUGAUGUUCUCUACAAGACCCCACUUACCACAUGCUACUCCCUCAUUGCCAAAGACUGCUCUGAGGAGCCAACUUUUGCCAUUCUCUCCAAGAAGGUCGAGAAGAACUCCGAGGAGAUGAUGCUCAAGGUUCUCCGUGGAGAACAAGAGAUUGUUGCUCAAAUCCAAAACGAGGAAAUCCGCGUCAAGGUUGACGGAAAGAAGAUUCAAUCUGAAGACUUUGCUGACUACCAAAUCGAAACACUCGGAGAGUCCGCCAUCGUUAUUGAGCUCCCAGAAGGAGAGGUUCGCUUCGACGGAUACACCAUCAAGACCCAACUUCCAUCCUACAGCCGCCAACAACAACUUUGCGGACUUUGUGGAAACAACGACGACGAGUCCACCAACGAGUUCAUGACCGCUGACAACAUCGAGACCGAAGACAUGGAAGAGUUCCACCGCUCUUAUCUUCUCAAGAACAAUGAGUGUGAGACCGAGGAGGAGCGUCUUACCGAGAAGAAGAACUACAAAAAGUACGAGAGAGACGAGGACGAGUCCGAUGAGUCCUAUGAGAACAACGAGGAGCCAGAAUACACCAAGAAGUACAACAAGAAAUCCGAGAUGAAGAACCAACUUGUCGAGAAGACUCAAAUCAAGGAGCAAUCCCACCGUAUCUGCUUCUCCAUGGAACCAGUUGCCGAAUGCAGACGUGGAUUCGAGCCAGAGAACAGAUUGACCAAGAAGAUCCGUUUCACAUGUAUGCCACGUCACAGCAUCAACGCCAGACGUCUGAUGAAGGAAGUUCGCCAAGAGCCACUCCAACUUGAUGACUACACUACUUCCUUCGUUGAAUCUGUGAAGGUCCCUACUGCCUGCGUCGCUUACAAAACAAGCUCGACCGGCGUUUUUGUAUAA